AUGGACCGGUUCCGCCAGCUAUGGGUCCGCAACUUUAAGAGGACGCUCGAUGAGAUCAAGCGAGACGAGUACUUGUGGUUCCUCAAGAUGGCAUACUUUGAGGGAGGGUUCGAGUUUGAGCCGAGUGUGGAGCAGCAGGCGGUACUGAUAGCGCUGUGGGAGGCGUCAAGCCCUUUGCCCGCAAAAGAUCUCGGUCCGGCAAGAAGGAGGAGUAUGGGCGCUUUCGAUCCGGAGUUGACGCCUCUUCCUCGACCAAAGCCGUCCCGCGCACACGCCGCUUCUCCUCAGCCCGCUACAUGCAGGGAUGCUCAGCCAGAGUCGCCUCAUCCUGACGCACCCUCCAGCUCUCUACUUACUCGACCCGAGCUGCCUCGCCAGGUGCAAGCCGAGCCCAGCUUCAAUCGUCAACGCAUGCCCCUGCGAGGGAGUCGCAGCUAUGCCAGCUUUUCCGCCAUGCCCCCAACCAAGCAGGAGAACAAGCCGUCUGUUGAUGCUCAGGUCGACAAUCGGUCUGAUGCCAGGCUGUCUGGUGGGUCGAUCUUUGAGAGGAGUGUCGAUCCGGUCGUCGCUGUGACGCCAUUCUUGGAUACCCUUGGUCACACUGCAGAGAGGUUGCUGGAAGAGGGACAAUACUCUCCAGAAGGCCGAGUUCACAGGCAUUUGAGAAGGAUCAGCAACUAUGUUGAUGUAGCCAGGGAAAAAGACGUUUUGGCCAGAGAGCAAGCCCGUCAGCUGGAUCUACAAGAGAGCAGGACCAAGAAGAAGAAGCCUCGUCUCUUGAAGAAGAUUGUGUCGCUCCCUUCCAUGAUCUUUUGCAAUGCGCCUGCCCAAGGUGCAGCAUCUCGAGCAAACCACGAUCCGCCGGUCAAGAUUCCCUUGAUCUCCAUCAGCGAGCUCAAUAGUCUUCCCAGAAUCACCACUGCUGCUACGCAAGCUGGUACGAAUCGUGCAAGAUCCGAGAUGCAUCAGGCCGCCCUUACGACCACAGCCAAUGAGCGACCAGGCCAUGCGCGCUCCCACACAAUUUCGCCUCUCAUGCCCAGUCCUGAUGCUCCUCACGCCGGACCUGUCGAGCGACCCAGCCAUGGCCGCUCAGUAUCGGCUGGUCACAACAGGACCGCCAUCUAUGCUAGCGAGGGUCUUUUGACUGGCCACACCCCUUCGACCUCUACGGAACACUUUAUCAACGAGUAUCUGAAAGAAAGCGAGGAUGGCUCUGUGCAUUCCGGGAGGGACGAAAUUGCGGAUGCUGCUGCCCGCCUCGAGAAGGUUGAUGAGAACAAGGCUGCUUCGGGCUCGGCUUCGACUGUCAGCGAAUCGACCUCUGGGUCCGUCAAACUGGGGUCUGUCAAAUCGGGGUCCGUCAAAUCGUCUGCCACCUCUGAGAAUGGUUCCACUGCGACAUCAACAUCUCGGACAGCUUCUUCGUAUAAACAAGCUACCCGCACGUCGUCCGCUGCCGCUUCUGCGCACACCUUCCCCAGCAUCACUGCCACUGACGGACAUGCCGACGGUAAAUCUGUCGAUACCUCGGCUUCUACAUCUCAGAAAUUGAGCGUCUAUCCACCACCCGGUCUGAAGCAUUCUACAUCCGGCGCUGGCUCUGUGCUUACGAUGGAUGAUACGUGUAUUGGCGUCACCAGCUCUAAGACCAGUCUUGCUACUCCCAACAAUCUCACUCGGGACCCGUCUGUCAUCUCCUUGAGUGCUCUCGCAGGCGGACCCAAUGGGAGCCAAUCGAACGACAGCAUCUCACUCGGGGCUUCCUGCCAUCCAGACUUUGGACCUGAGCUAAAGCUUCAGCUGCAUUCCCUCAGGUCUCGGAGCAACUCUUCCUUCAAUGUAUCCGUCAACACCCAGCGAAGCUCUGAUGGGUUGAGCACAACCAAUAUCGCGAUCGUGGAGAUUCCUGGGGGUGUUUUGAGCGGGAUUGAUCAUUAUAGCUGCCCUCCGGAUGAGACGGCCAGGAUGGUGAUCAAGGAGAGGAAGAGCGGGUACUUUGGUGGACUGUUCAAGAGGAAGCAGUGA